UGGGUCAAUGUCCACACAGUUGAGGCUGGGGAUCAGUUGGCAGUGCUCUCUUUCUGGGAAGUCCAUUGGAGUGGUGCCUCUGCCAUUGUCACUGCGGUGGGGACGUGGGGACAAUGCGGUUCUGCCUCCUCUUCUUCCUUGUGGGGCUCUGCAGCCUCACUGCCCCAGACGGUGCUGCAGCCAAAAUGAGUGCCCAGAUUCAGAGCUCCCCCCAAGUGCCCUCUAUGUACCACAGUCUGGUGCUGAGCUGCAAGGUCAAUGGGGACACUGGCCCCAAGGAGUUUGUAUGGGAGAAGAAAGGGAUCCACAAACCAUUGCAGAAAGGCCGCGCUGACAUCCUCGUCUUCCGCUCCUUAAACAAAACCCACCUGGGCACCUACACCUGCACGGUCACCAGCCCUCAAGGUACCGCCGUGGCCACCUACAACCUUUGGACAGAAGACCUGAAAUACAAAUUGUUCGUGUUCCCCCAAGAGUCCAAUGAUUCCCAUGUGCUGGUGCAGGCUCAACCAGAACAUCCCUUACUCAACUUCACCGUCUGCCUGCGUUCCUACACCGACCUCACCCGACCCUACAGCCUCUUUUCCUAUGCCACCAAAAAGCAAGACAAUGAGAUCGUCCUCCUCAAAUUCAAACCCACCGAGUACCGCUUCUACGUCGGGGGGGAAUAUGUCGCCUUCCGUGUCCCUGAGAGCCAAAUGGCUCCAGAACGUGUCUGUGUUGCCUGGGAGUCACCCACGGGCAUCGUGCGUUUCUGGUUGAACGGGAAACCGUGGCCCCGUAAAGGGCUGCAGAAGGGUUAUGAGGUGGGUAAUGAGGCCGUGGUGGUGCUGGGGCAGGAUCAGGAUAACUAUGGAGGUGGUUUCGAUGCUAUGCAGUCCUUUACUGGGGAGAUCUCUGAGGUCUACAUGUGGGAUGUGGGGCUGAGCAACUCGGAAGUGAAAUGGCUUGAGAAUACUGAACCUUAUGCCACCCCCAUCUUCGGCUGGAGGAACUUCCCCUAUAAGAUUGAGGGUGAAGUGUACCUCGUGACUUAAGGCUCCCGACCACCACUGCCACCAUUUAAUGUGUGUCCAUCCCCCCCCCACCCCCGCAGUCCCCUCUGCCUGACCUCCCUCCCCCGCACCAACAUGGCAACAAAUAAAAGGAAUAGGACC